AUGGGGGAUAACAACGAUCGUCUUGUGUUAGAAUUGACACGCAGGUUGGAAGCUGAGAGACGUGGGCGCGAAGCUGAGAGACGCGGGCGUGAAGCUGAGAGACGCGGACGCGAAGAAGCUGAGAAACGUGCAGAAGAAGCUGAGAAACAGUUACGGCCACAGGCGCUCAGACAAUAUCUCGAAGCUUGUCACUCCAUUAGCAUGGCUAUCAAAGUACAAACCAACAAGAAGCUGACUACUCGAGGCAAAACUACAAGCCCAACUGGCCGCGUAUACCCUCGACGCAUCAUUCCGUGGGAUGAGUUUCCAGAGCAGCAAGAAAAAAUCUGGAAUCUUCUAUCAGACCAGCCCUUCUGUUCUAACCCCAUUUUCCCAUGUAUAAGAGAUACCGACGCUCUAAAAUCCAAGAUUCGUCUGAUCGCGAGCGAGAUAGGACUUCGACACUUCGAACGCUCAAAUGUUGAGGACGCCGUCGAGAUGCUACUCAACAAAGCGUACAAGGAUGAGCAGCUACGUAUUCAGCUCGGCAUCAGGGGAUCCGUCGACUUUGAGAGCCACGGAAAUCUUUUAAAGACGUUCGACGCCGCUCCCGAAUCUGUUGAGCAGAUGACUGAGGCCGAAAACAUGGGCACUGAUGCCACGACCCCGGCCCCGGCCUCUACUCCGGCCCCUUCUACCCCGGUCCCAGCCUCUACCCAUCACAAGGCUAUUGAAGGCAAGAAGGGCGUUGCCGACCAGUUCUGCAUAUACCGAAGAUCUGAUGGGGAACACAUCCCAGCGCUUGUGAUCGAAUACAAGGCGCCGCAUAAAUUAACUAUAGCCGAGGUCGUCACCGGACUAAGAGAAGAGAUUCAGCCAGAACGUGACGUGAUUAACAAGGACAGUCAGGGCUUCAAUUUGGAGUCGAGGCGCCUUACUGCUGCCGUCAUCACUCAACUGUUCUCAUACAUGAUUCGGAAAAAUGUUCAGUACGGUUACAUAUGUACAGGAGAGACCUUUGUUUUCUUACAUAUCCCCAAGGAUCCGUCUGUCGUGUAUUAUUACGUCUCCGUGCCUAAUUUGGACGCCGCAGAGGACGAUGAAAACUGGCUUCAUCGCACCGCUGUUGCUCAAGUAUUUGCUUUUGUGCUCCAGGCCCUUCGCGCGCCGCCGCUGUCCCAGACCUGGCAGGACCGGACAAGAGCCCUGGACACCUGGGUUGUAGAAUUCGAAGACAUAUUACGAGACAUUCCUGCAACCGAACGAAAGCCACCCAAAGGGUCUAUCUACAAGCCUCCACGCUGGAAGAAGGGCUUUACGCGUUCGCCAAUCGGGACACGCUCUCGCUGUUGCCCAGGAAACAGCAAUGCUCUCCCCAAGAGCAAAGAUACGAGCGAAGACGAAGAUCCCUUUCCCUCCCCAUCCGUCUCUCGAUCCCUACGCUCUAAGAAUGUAGCUGCAGUGACGGGAACGACAGCCAAGGGCGCAAAGCAAGGCCACCGUGGCGGGAGCGCGAAGGGUGGUGCGACGGAAGCAGAAGUACAGACAGGAACCAAGACGAAGAUUGAGGACCGGCCCUUCUGCAGCCAGAAAUGCUUGUUAGGACUAGCGAGCAAAGGGCCUAUGGACGACAGAUGCCCCAACUUCGGUCACCAUCAGCGACAGCAUAUUAGCCUCUCCAAAUUUCUAGACUUAAUACGAACCCAGUUAGCCAUAGAUCGUGGCGUAGACGCGGACGCUAAGCCGCUCUAUCUAUCUGGAUCUGUCGGGUCGCUUUUCAAAAUCUGUCUGUCUUCUCAUGGCUACACCGUAGUCGCCAAAGGUGUACAGAGUGACAAUCUAGCCCGUCUGCAACAUGAAAACAAAGUCUAUGACCAGCUACGUACCAUUCAGGGGAAAUACGUCCCCGUAUGUCUUGGCACUAUAGAUUUGGUUCGGCCAUAUUAUUACAACGGCGGUAUUUUCAAACACUUCUUGUUCCUCGGCUGGGCUGGGCGGCCUUUUUUUGAUUUGCCUGAUCAAGCUGAUAAGACUGCUAUCGUUAACGCGGUCACCGCCGGGUUCAAGGCAGUUCACGAGUUGCAUGUCCUCCAUGGCGAUGCUGAACCACGCAAUAUCGUAUACAAUCCCUAUAACGGCGAAGUGAUGAUCGUGGACUUUGAGCGAUCUAAACUCCUUAACCGGAAGCCUCUCAGCCUCAUCAGUUCAAACAAAAAGCGCAAACUAAAUACGUACCAAGGGAAGCAAGGAAAAAAUGAUUUCGCAAAAGAGUUGCAAUCUAUGACAGAAAGCCUUGAGCGUCAUAUCAGAUAA